UAGAUAAUAAAACAAUAUUAUCAACAUUUAUUGAUUAUUAUGAAAAAUGGUUUAUGAUUAGUAUUGAAAUAUUUCAUUUAUGGAUUGAUGUAAGAAUAGGAAAAAAUUCUUUAUCACAAAGAUUUUAUAUUUCAAAUUCAUCAUUAGCUAAUUUAAUUAAUAAUCAAAUUAUUUUUGGUUAUAAAAAUUAUUCAGGUUGUGUAAGAAAUAUUGAAAUAACUUAUAGUCAAGUUUAUUCAAUUUUACUUACCGAUCAAUUAAUUGAAACAAAUGAAAAUCGAACAUUGGGUUGUGAAAGAACAAAUGCUUGUCAAAAUGCACUUUGUCGAAAAAAUGAAUUAUGUCAAGAUCAUUGGUUUUAUCAUACAUGUGAAUGUCAACGACCUUUUUUCGGUGAACAUUGUGAUCAAAUUGCUCCAAUUAUAAAAUUCAAUCAAUCAAGUUUAGUUAAUAUAGUAUUUUCAUCAUCGAUAUUAAAUAUCUCUCUCUUUUUUAACACUCUUCAACCGAAUGGAACACUAUUUGAACUUAUUUCUUCCAUAAAACAACAACGAAUAACUCGUGAUUUACUAUCACAAAAUCGAUCAACAUCAAAAAUAAUUGGAGCAUUGAUUGAUGGUCAUUUUCGUUUGAUAAUUAUUGAUGAUGGACCUAAACGAAAAGAAUUUGAAUUACGUAGUGAACAAAAAUUAAAUGAUGGACGUCCACAUCAAAUUGAACUUGAUUUAGAAAAUUAUAGAUUAAUUAUCGAUAAAAUUUAUAAUGAAACAUUAAUGAAAACACAUAAUAAAUUAUUUUUAAAUCAUAUUCAAUUACUUGGUGAUAAUGCAUUAAAUGGUUGGCUACAAGAUAUACGUAUUAAUGAUCAACUUAUUUCAUUUGAUAAUACAAAUCGUUUAACGAAAAAUUUUAAUUUAACUAGUUUAAAUAUAAAUCAAGUAAAAAAUAAUCCAUGUUAUCCAAAUAAUCCAUGUUUAAAUCAAGGCAUUUGUCUUGUAACACAUUCACAAGAUUAUUUGUAA